AUGGACGAGUUUCAGAUACCAUCCGAUUUAGGUCGAAUUCCAGGAAAAAUUCAUAGUGGAGAGGAAUUCACCAAUUUUACGGCCGAUCAGUGGCAAAUAUUCUUUACAAUUUAUUUAACUGUAUUACUUUGGGAACACCUUUCAGAUGUAGAUAGAAGAAUCCUGAAUUAUUUUGUCAGGAUUUGUUUGAUUUUGGUAAAUCAGAUUCUAGAAUCUAAUUUGGCGGAUGAAGCCCAUAGAAGUCUUAUCGAAAUAGUCAAAUUAAUUGAGAAUCACCACGGCAGAGAUAAAAUCACACCGAAUCUUCAUCUUUCUCUACAUUUGUGUGAUUGCUCAUCUGAUUAUAGACCAUUAUAUGUGUUCUGGUGUUCGUUACCAAACAGCAACAGGAAAAUUGAGUCUGAACUUAUGCGUCGAUUAAUGUUUGAUAAACAAAUCGAAAAUAUCAUAAGUUCAGGUAUCGAAGUAAAAGGUCUCGAAUUGCUAAACAGUCAGCGUACUAUCGGAUCCCUUUCAGUUACUGAUAAAUUUUUGUCAGAUGGGAUACAUCGAUUUUGGCUGAAUUCACAAAAUAUUAAAGAUUCACAGAUUUCUGGUAAAGAAAACUUCCCAGGUGAAUUUCUCAAGCCGGUAUCUCAUAAUAUACUACUUUCAAGUGAAAUGUUAAAUUUAAUGGUUGAAUAUUACAAUGCGACUUACGAAUCAUUUGGAUUUCGGAGGCCUCUUGUAGAAGGUUUAGAUAACGAUAUAAUAAUUAGGGUCAAAAUUAACCAAUUCGGAAGGUGUCAGAUUGGUUCAGAAGUCUUUGGAUCAUCAUUAUCGUUAAGACAUGUAAAAAGUUCGUACGUCUUAGUGAAAUUUAUUACGGAUGAUGAAGAUGUCGACACCUACCAAGGUCAAAUUCAGUAUUAUUUUACUCACGUAGUAGACUUUCUGGAUGGUCCCGUCAAACAUUUUCUAGCAUACGUUCGUUGGUAUAAAUACGCAAAUUCAACUAAUAUUCGAUACUAUUUCAGCAGUGAUGAAAUUUGUAAUAUUGAGUUGUGGAAUACCGAAUUUUAUCCAAUAAGUCGUGAUUGUAUAAUACCUGUGCAUCAUAUUUUAGACUUUUGGCUAGCUUUCGACUUCAGAAUUUGGAAAUGGACUUUCGGUGAGUUCGACCUUGAAUUUAAAAAUGAUCAGAGAGUUGAAUACUACGGAAGCUUUGAAAUGGUGAGUUCGGAAUAUCUGUUUCGCCCUCCUUCAUUUAAAAGUCUCACCUCAAGUACAAGUUCAAGACUAAAAAAAAUAUCAGGAUAUGGACCAGUCGAUUUCGCAAUUGAUUUACUCCAAACUGCAAAAACUGUCAGUGUGACAGAGAUAUGGAGUAAGGGUCCGUUUCUGGGAAUUUGGAAAUCAGAAAAUGAAGAGUUUCCGAAACGGUUUGCUUUCUUUUUUAGAUUGCCAUGUCCUGGACGCGUAGGAUUUCAACGGCUUAUUCUUGGUUAUGGACGCAAUUUCAAUGACUAUUUCUUUAGAUCUUCGGGUACUUGGCGCGUAGUUGUUAGCUCUUCGGGUUUCUUUAGAUAUCGAUAUCUUUGGAUAUCUUUGGACGUGAAUCUGGCGUCUAAUCUUGGAUUAAUUAUGGAUUCUGUUCCAGGUUCCCAAGUACAUUUUGAAAGAAAAUUUCAAACUACUAUUGGAUGA